AUGACUCGCCCCUCUACCUGCUGUGGUCGCUCUGAUGAUGCCGGCUGCGUCUGCGCCGCUCAAGCCAAAUGCGAGUGUGGCAAGACAUCAGCAAGUGCCUGCGACUGUGGCAAGGCUGCCGAACAGGCCAGCGGUCCACGUUGCUCAUGCAGAAUGCGCCCCGCUGGACACUGCACCUGUGAGCGCUCAGUCACAGAGAACCAGGCUGUGAAAGGCGACGCGUGCCCAUGUGGACAGAGACCAGCUGGUGAGUUCUACCUAAAAUGA